AGAAGGAAUCCUGGGCAUUGCAGAUCAAGCUGGAGUUGCAUUCUUGAAAGACCCCCAAUCUUCCCCUCGCCUGAUUCUUUCGCUUUUGCAACGAUGGUGGUCAAGUCUGUUUUCGUCCUUAUUGCUCUCGCUCUUCUGGGAGCAGCCCACCCUCAGGUGGGUUACGACCUCCCAGAGCCAUCCCCAGCCCCCGGAUACUCCUACGGCGCUCCUGAAUUAGAAGCCGCUGCUUCCACCCUCAACGGAGCCGCCGCUGAAGCCGAAGAAGACCCCAUCGCCGCCUUGGCCGCUAACAUCCCCGGCGGAGGCGUCCCUGGGCAGGACUACCCAAUCUUGGCCUCAGUCCCAGACACCGGCUUCUCCUGCGCCGACCAGCAGUUCCCAGGGUACUACGCUGACGUCGCCGACGAAGCCGGCUGCCAGGUCUUCCACAUCUGCCAAUUCGACGGCCGCCAGGACUCCUUCCUCUGCCCCAACGGCUCCAUCUUCAACCAGCAGUACUUCGUCUGCGACUGGUGGUUCAACGUCGACUGUGCCGCCUCCCAGCAGUUCGUCAGCCUCAACGCUGACAUCGGCAAGGUUGCUGACGAUGCCCUUGUAGGAGCUGCCUCUGACAUCUCCCUCUCCAACACUUACGGAGUUCCUCAAGCAACUGCUCCUUCAAGCGGUUAUGGAGUUCCUGCUUAAAAUCACCCUAUGACUUGUGUGUACCUCGCAAGGAAAAUGUCAGUUCUAGCUCUCCAUAAGUUAUUCAAAUAUUUAUUUUCAAAAAUCUGUUCUAAAAAUAUUAUAAAACAGAGAAUGAAAUAAAAGAAUAUAAAGCCUA